AGGUUUGACAAAAAGAUCAAGAUGAAUAUGAUGUUCAGGAUCACCUCACACCUGCCAGUGCUAAAACGAUCCACCCGCUGACACGUUGCACUAGCGGUGCGCUGUGGUUUGUUCUUGGUGCACACAUGGCUGGGGCUGAAGUGCAGCGGAUGCCAGAACACAAGUGCCUGGCUGGGUUGCUUUCAUGCUAUGCUGGCUACCUCAGAAAGAGAAACCGUCAUGGGUUCCAUCACACAGGAGUGAGCUCGUUGGACUUGAGCCUCCCAGCACAAGUGACGCCACAGGAGUGCAGCAACCUUGAACACCUCAAGGACGACCUCUGCAAGGGUGGCUCUGGCAGCAGUUGUGCCACUAGCAGCACUGGUACAGGCCUUCUUCCAGUGGAAAGCCAGGGGAAUAGCAGCGUUAUAGCGAGCACUCGUCACCUUGGAGGGUUCAGUCUGAGCAAUGCGAGCUCUCCGGCAGACUUUUUCCCUGCAGAGGACGGUAGACAGGAAUUCAACCCGCACAGACUUCUGGGACGACGUACGCCACAGGUGGAUUCUUAUUUCUUGGACAGUCCUCUUCUCGAGGCAGAUGAGAUAAAGCAAAGCUGGUUUUCCUGCAAAGUGUGUGAGCCAUUGAAGACGAUCAACAGGAACAAUAGGGUCUCAAGAUGACAUGGAGACCAACAUGUUUUGCGCACAGCAGCUGUUGGUACAGCGAUGUUUCACAAAUGCCACGAUGCUGGCAGAGGAACGGAAUUCUUGGAAUGCUUGGAUGCAUUUGAGUUGGUCUAAAUUCUUUGUCAACUCUUCACUCUUGCAUCCAAGUUUCCCAUUUGCACAAAUUGCUCAGCAUUUGUGCCAGAUUGUCGUCUUUUAAUAGAUCCACAUCAUUGGUCCAGUAGACAUACCACGCAGCAGCUGCUCGUCUGGGGAAUCCAGAACUGGCUGUUUGAAAA